CGACACCAUUUUCAUAUUUGUUCUUUCUUAGGUACACGUCAAAAGUUUCAUUUCGAUCUGUUAAUUUAUUCAUUGUUUAACCGCCCUUUAUAUCUAACGUGUUGUGCCUUUUUUCAGGUAUGGAUAAAAUUGAGCAACGUGCAGUUAUCAAAUUCUUUGUAAAGAAAGGUUUAAAGGCAAUGGAAAUUCAUACCGAAAUGGUGAAUGUGUUGGGUGAAUCUGCUCCUUCAAAAACAAUGGUUUGCAAGUGGGCUAGUUUAUUCAAAAGUGGUCGUACCAGCCUUGAAGACGAUCCGCGAGAGGGACGUCCAAAAACUGCAUCAACACCGGAAAUCAUCGGAAAAAUACAAGAUAUGGUAUUGGAAGACCGUCGAUUGACUGAAAGAGAUUUAACAGAGGCUUUAGGCAUUUCAUUGGGCACAGUGAGCAAUAUUUUGAGUGUUAAUUUGGGUUUCAAAAAACUCUGUGCAAAAUGGGUGCCGCAUUCUCUAACGAUGGAGCAAAAACACAUUCGGAUGCGACUUUGCCAGCAACAUUUGGAGCAUUUUAAGAAGAAUAAAAGCGACUUUAUCCGUCAAUUUAUCACAAUGGAUGAGACUUGGGUCUACCAUCAUGAUGAUCCUGAAUCAAAACAGGAGGCUAAGGAGUGGUGUGAACCCGGCUCUUCGACGCCGAAGAGAGUUCGUGUGCAAAAAUCAGCCAAGAAGGUGUUAGCAUCAGCUUUUUGGGAUGCGAAAGGAAUUUUGUUUAUAGAUUACCUUCAAACUGGCAAAACAAUUCGAAUUAUUAUUGUAACCUUUUCAAUCAAUUAGAUGAAAAAAUUCGUGAAAAAA